AUGGAUCAAGAUGCUCCUAUUGCCGUCAUUGGCCUGUCUUACCGUGCGCCUGGUAUUGGGAGGAAAGGACUGUGGGAAUACUUGGAGCAGGCCAGGUCUGCCUGGUCCAAGUUUCCUGAAGAGAGGUUCGACUCCUCGGCGUACUGGAAACCUGGAGGGGACAGAUCUGGCGUCUUCAGGGCCGAGGGAGCGCACUUUUUACCUGAAGACAUCUAUGCCUUUGAUGCCGGAUUCUUCCACAUGAGAGCCGAGGAGGCUCGGACAUCGGAUCCACAACAUAGACUGAUGCUAGAAUGUGCUUUGGAGGCAGCUGAAGAUGCUGGCAAGAGCUUGCUCGAUCUUGCCGGUAAAAAGAUCGGCGUCUUCAUAGGGUCCGGCCAGCACGAGUAUUCGCAACGUCUCGGCGACGACCACCACGCUGCCAAUACCUUUUCCGCAACCGGUGUUGCACCUUGCAUGGUUUCAAACCGCCUCUCGUAUUUCUUUGACAUUGACGGCCCGAGCGUUGCCCUCGACGCCGCAUGUGCAAGCAGUGUCUAUGCCGCACACCAGGCUGUUUCGGCACUUCGCAACGGCGAAUGCAAUGCUGCGUUUGUCGGAGCAGCAGCGCUAUCCCUGGGCCCCGGCGGAUGGCUUGCCCUUGAGAAAACAGGAGCGCUGUCAUCGCAUGGGAGGAGUUACUCGUAUGACGAAAAGGCAGCGGGUUUUGGUCGCGGUGAGGGUGCCGCAUGUCUUCUCAUUAAACGCAUAGAUGACGCCAUCCGUGAUGGCGAUCCAAUUCAUGCCGUGAUUCGGAGCUCAGCCUGCAAUCAUGGCGGGCGUUCCGAGGGAAUUACCAUGCCAAACGGCGUGGCACAUCGGGAGUUACUUCGGACAGUUCACGAGAAAGCUGGGCUGGAUCCUUCACAGACUCCUGUGGUUGAAGGCCAUGGAACAGGAACAGCAGCCGGUGACCCUAUCGAGGCUGGUGCUUUCGCCGCCGUGCUGGGGAAAGACCGAACUUCAUCAAACCCCAUUUAUAUUGGAUCUGUGAAAUCCAAUUUCGGACAUCUAGAGGGAGCUAGCGGGAUUCUCGGCAUGGUCAAGGCAAUCCUGAUGAUCGAAAACGGCAUAAUCUUGCCAACGGCAGGAUUCGAGAAGAUGAACCCUAGGAUCCAAGGAAAGGAGAAGCUCGUGGUACCCGCGGCCCCAAUUCCAUGGCCAAGUGAAGAACCAAGACGAGUCAUGGUAACAAACUUUGGCUUCGGUGGAAGUAACUCUGCCAUUAUUUUGGAAGACGCCUCAGCGUGGCUGCCCAAACGGGUGCCAAAUGGGACAAAUGGCACGAGCACUUUGAACGGCAUUCACGGCGUAAAUGGGACCAACGGUACGAAUGGAUAUCAUGGUGCUCGUCUGACAAAUGCUACAAAUGGCAGUGACGGGACGAAUGGCCUGCACCAAUCAAACGGAGCAACUGAGGCAAAUGGAUGUAGCAGUGAGAGUGCCGGAACUGAGGAUCCGCGCCUGUUUGUGCUGUCUGCGCGGACUGAGAAGAGUCUGAUUUCCUACCUGACGUCUUUUGACGAAUACCUUGACGAGGCUCCCGAGCCCGACGAGUUCAUCAAAAACCUCAGCUACACUCUAGGUCAGCGCCGCACACAAUACCCUUAUCGUGUCUCUGCUGUUGCCGAUUCGGUCGCCACCCUUCAGGAGAAGCUGUCGACGGCGAAACCCACGCGAGCCAAAGAUCACGCCAUUGCAUUUGCUUUUACAGGCCAAGGCGCACAAUACGCCGGCAUGGCUGUUGGCCUGCGACAUUAUAAAGUAUUUGCCAACGCCAUUGACGAAGCCGAAGAGCAUCUGCGAGCUAUGGGAGCGCCGUGGAGCUUGACUGAAGAGCUUAGCAAGACGCAAGAUGACUCACGAGUCGAUGAAGCCGAGAUUAGCCAACCGGCAUGUACUGCGGUGCAGCUUGCGCUGGUGACGUUGCUUAGAAGCUGGGGCAUCAACCCGACGGCAGUCACAGGCCAUUCUAGUGGAGAGAUAGCUGCGGCCUUUGCAGCAAAUUUGAUUACGUUCAAGGCCGCCGUGGCCAUAUCAUAUUUCCGAGGGCAGGCAGCGGCCCUCUUGGCCCGUGAGCAGAAACAACAAGGCGCCAUGUUGGCUGUUGGUGUCGGAUUCGAAGAGGCGUCGACACUGAUCGAGCAACACGCAAAUGGUCAUUAUGCGACCGUAGCCGCAAUCAAUAGCCCAAAGAGCGUAACAAUCUCGGGCGACCAGCUCGCCAUUGAGCACAUUCGAAAAGCUGCAGAAGCAGAGGGCCUGUUUGUUCGCAAGCUAAAAGUACAAAUGGCAUACCACUCCCGGCACAUGGAAGAGGUGGCGGGCUUUUAUCUCGAGGCAAUCCAGCCUUUUUGUCAAGCUGAACAGCAUGUAAGAGCCCCAGAGGAUAUAUCUAGCCCUGAAUUUGUGUCCUCGGUCACCGGACACGUAUGGGAAGAAAAUGGCCUCGAUGCCUCGUACUGGGUCCAAAACUUGGUCCGGCCGGUCAAAUUUGCAAGUGCCAUCCAAAGCAUGCUUGCGUCUCGGAAGAACGUCAAGUCAAGUACUGUCAGGGAUACUGCUCCAGACGUGAUUCUGGAAAUCGGCCCGCACGCUGCUCUGAAGAAUCCGAUCAAGCAAACUGUAGAGCUCGCCCAAAUUGAGCCAGGGCUCAAGACGUCGUUCACGUAUCUCUCCUCGCUUGUACGGGGAACAAAAGGCAUUGACGCGCUCCUGAGCCUUGCAGGAGCCCUUUUCAACAUGGGAGUCCCGAUACUUCUCGACCAAGUCAACCAAACUACCAUGCAUAAUGCUCAUGUAGUCACCGGCCUUCCUGCAUAUGCGUGGGACAAGUCUGUGAGCUACGAGGUCAGGCCGCGGGCCACUCACCAGAAACUCUUCCCGGGAGAGACUUUUCAUCCUCUGCUGGGAAGGAGAGUCGCCACCGACGGAGGGAAGCAGCAUAUAUACAGACAGGUCUUCAAUCUCGACGAAAUGCCCUGGAUUCGGGACCACGUGGUGGCCGGGGCAGUCAUCUUCCCCAUGACGGGAUACAUGUCGUGCGCUAUCGAGGCUGCAAGGAGGGCACUGACUGCCCCGGCGGCGGCUUUUCUCAUCCAAGAUUUCCACGUUGUCACGAGCAUGGAGAUUCACGAAGAGGAGUCCGUCGACAUGGUGACGAGGAUUUGGCCCGCUGCUCUCGGGACCGGGUCGUUCUCGUCGACGACUUGGUCGUUUGAGAUUUCCACCUGGAAACAGGCCACCGGAUGGACCAUACAUGCAUACGGUCGAAUCGAGCCUGAGACGGCAGAGAUGACUACUGAAACCCCGACGCUGCAAGUGGCCCUGCCGCUUGUAGACGCAACUCCGAAUCUGAUUGAGCAUGACAUCGCGCACGCAUACGAGUAUGCGGGUGUGAGGGCCACAAAAUACGGUACAACAUUCCGCAACUCGGUGAGGUUCUUCGAGGGAGAUGGGUUUACCGUUUUGGAGCAUCGGCUUCGCGACCUCGAGCCGUGGCAGCAAAUCCCCGGCCCUUACGGCUCCCAUGUUACUGUCGAUCCUCCAACGCUAGACGGCUUUCUUCAAGGCGGCGGUCCUCUCCAGGUGACUGAGGACGGAAGGCGGCCCGCGCAGAUGCCCAACUACAUUAGUCGCUUUAGAAUCUCCAACAAGAUCCCAGCAGGCCCGAAACAGCGCUUCGACAUCGUCACACGCUUGCUGGAUUACGACGUCAAGGGCGGACGGCUGCGUAUCAGCGUCUCUGCCUUCCUAAGACAGGCGGAUGGCUCGCUCGCUCCCGUAGCAGAAUGGGAGUCUGUGUCGUUCCGUUCCAUCGGAUCGGCCGACGAAGAUGCUGACCCGGCGGCCAGUCUCCCGGACAACUGGGUCUGGGAAUUGCUGCCCAAAAUCGACUUCAUGGAGCCAGACGAGGUAUCGAGGAAGUUUCAUGUUGGCAGCUUCGAAGAGGCCCAAGUCAUGCACAUGCGCAACCUAGAAAUCGUGGCGUCAUACUACCUCCUUCACGGACUGAAAGAGACGGAGGGGGAUGAUCGCUCGAAUUUGCCAUUCCACCUGGCACGUUUUGUGAAUUGGGCAACCCGAUACAUUGCCAAAAACAAGGUCGAGUUUGAUACCGAGCCAACGGCUUUGCUUGACAAGGUGCGACGUCACGAUGCGCAGGGUGAGAUGCUAUGCGCCGUUGGCGAGCGCCUGGUGCCGAUCCUGCGAGGGCAAGUAGAACCGCUUGAAAUCAUGCUCGCAGACGGCCUCCUCACACGCCAUUACGAGGCGGACGUGGUGAAUGAGCGUCUCAGCAAGGUCCUCGGCGACGUGGUCCUCGGCAUUUCCGAUCUGGAGCCAAACCUGCGCAUCCUGGAAAUCGGAGCCGGAACUGCCGGUACGUCGCUGCCUGUUCUCGAGGCUCUGUCCAGGCGUACCAAGCAGGGCGCCUUUCUGGAAUACACGUUUACGGACAUUUCUUCUGGGUUUUUCGAAAACGCUCGAGCCAAAUUGGCCAAGUGGGCGCAGCGCAUCACGUAUAAGAAGCUCGACAUCAGCCAGGAUUGCCUUGCCCAAGGAUUCGAAGCAGAGGAAUUCGACGUCGUCAUCGCGGCCAAUGUGCUCCACGCGACCAAGAACAUGUCCACCACGAUGAACAACCUGCGGGUUCUGCUGAAGCCAAGGGGCAAACUAGUCGUGCUGGAGGGGAACCAUCACCCGGCAUUGGCCUUGCCGUUUGUUUUGCUGCCUGGCUGGUGGUAUGCCGAAGAUGACUACCGUGACCUCGAGGAGGGACCCAUGAUGCCCACAGACGUGUGGAAUCGCCUCCUCGUAGACACUGGCUUCUCCGGACUCGACGCCUGCAUCCAGGGCGGUCUUGGCUCUGGCGAUCAGACGAUGAGCAUCAUGUGUUCGAGCAAAGUGGACCGCCAGGAAGAGACGGGGCCUGUCGUUGUCUGCGGGCCGUUGAUUGACGAUGAAGAAGUCGCCUUUGCCGAGAACCUGGCGGACGCUAUAUCAGACCUUGGCUUUGCAGUCGAGACGAAGCCCCUUGCCGAGGUCGACUUUUCGAAUAACUCGUACUACAUCGUGAUUGACUCGCCGGAGACGCCUCUCCUGCGGGACGUCUCUGCUGAGAGAUUUCACACCAUCAAGAGCUUGCUCGUACACAACGCAGGGCUCCUGUGGGUUAUUCCCGAGGGCGACGUCCCCGAGUGCAAGUCCAUCAAAGGCAUGCUUCGCACGCUGCGGAUCGAGGCAGGCAACAAGAGCCUCCUUUCAUUUGACCAAGUGCCACACACGCAACGGGGCCUCUCUGGUAUUCUAAAGCUGAUGAGAACACUGGUGGACUCGGAGAUGACGCGCGCUCAGGACCAGGACUUUGUGUGGCACAAGGACUCGAUCCAUUUGCCUCGCAUGCGCAUGCUGAAGGACACCAAGGAGCAAUUCGCCGUAGAACAAGGCGUCUCGUUCCGCAAAGAACAAAACAUCUGGAAAGGCGAUGGCGCGUUGGAGAUGACAAUCGAUGUGGCCGGCAGCCCCGACUCCAUAUACUUUCGCAGAACCGACGACUUGCAAACGCCGCUUGGCGAGGACGACAUCAUCGUCCAAGUCCAAGCGGUGGGCGUCGGCCACCGAGACCUCGAUCUCGUGCUGGGGGCCAUUUCCUGGGCUCCGCCAGGCUUUGACGGAGCCGGCAAGGUCGUCAAGGUGGGCUCCGGGGUGGCAGAUUUGCAAGAGGGCGACAAUGUCUUCUUCUUGGCGCUGGAAGGAAGUGCCUUUUCGACGUAUAAGAAGAUGCCGGCAUGGCAUGCCGCCAGAGUUCCAGGGUACAUUAGCAUCACGGAUGCUGCCAGCAUGCCGCUAGCAUACUCUCUUGCCGUCCUGGCACUGGUCCGCACCGCUCGUCUGCAAAAGAAUGAGACUGUGCUUAUUCACUCGGCGGCUGGGGCGGUAGGCCAGGCGUGUGUUGUUAUCGCGCAGCAUCUAGGGGCUCGGGUAUUCGCAACGGCGGGCACCGGUGACAAGAGAGAGUUUCUACACAAGACACUGGGGGUUCCUUCAGACCAGAUAUUCUCGAGCCGCAACUCUCAGUUCAGAGAUGGUAUCCUGUGUGCGACGAAAGGAAAGGGUGUGGAUGUCAUUGUGAAUGCGCUUGGCGGAGAGCUCCUGGCCGACACUUGGGCAUUGGCCGCGCGAUUCGGCCGAUUCGUGGAAAUCGACAAAAAGGCCGCCUUUCAGAAUAACAGCUUGCCCAUGAGAACGUUUGAAAAGAACGUUUCCUUCAGCAGCAUCGAUCUGCGUGGACUGUUUCAACAUCGACCGGAAGAGGUCAAGGACGUUUUUGGCCAGGUGGUGCAGCUACUUCGGCGUCACGUCGUUGUUCCUAUCAAGCCUGUAUCGGUUUUACCAAUUUCUCAGUUUUCCACGGGUCUACGCAAGCUUCGGUCCGGUGAAAACAUGGGCAAAAUCGUCAUAACGUUGGGUCCAGAUCAAAAUGUCAUGGCUGAGAGUGCGUUACGGCCGACGGCAUUUUCGUUGAAGAGCGACGCGACCUAUCUGAUAACUGGAGGAACCCGCGGCAUCGGUCUGAGUCUGGCGUACUGGAUGAUUGACAAUGGAGCACGAAAUGUUGUUGUUCUGGGCCGCAGCGGUAGCUCCGGCGCAGAAGUUCAGAAGUUGUUGAAGAAAUACGACGCAACUGGCAUCAACGUUCGAGCUCUGGCCUGCGACGUCGGAUCUCGAGCGGAACUCGCCAAGGUUGUCGAGUCCAUUCGAGAUCUUCCACCCGUUCGUGGUGUUGUGCACAGUGCUCUUCUCCUUAGCGAUAAAUUGUUUGAGAAUACCACCUACGAGGACUGGGAGAUUGUCAUGGGCCCUCGAGUCCAGGGUGCAUGGAACCUCCACGAGCUCAUGCCUGACGACCUCGACUUCUUCAUAGCUCUCGGGUCUUUUCUCGGUGACACCGGAAACGGCGGGCAAGCCAUCUAUGCCGGUACAGCAGCCUUUUACGACGCCUUUGCCCAGUAUCGCAACGCCCGUGGCCAGCACACCGUUUCCAUUGCCCUGCCCGUGGUUCUGGACGUGGGUUACGUCGCUGACAGAAGCCUCAGCAGCCUUCUUCAGGAGACGCUAGGCGCAACGCUGACAAUGGCCAAUAUACAGACCAUCGUCAAAGCCAUUAUUAGCAAGUCUUCAAACUUCUAUCACGACGGCAAGACGGCCGUUUUCAAACUCUAUCUUGACAACAAGGCAGUACAAGAUGGACCAUGGGAGUAUCUUCAUCCGGUGCAUGCAAUAGAGCGCUUCAAGGCCGACAAGAAGAAGAGAGACGGAGCCGGCGGAAGUGGAGGUGCGGAUAUGUAUUCAACGUCUUGGACAGCGGCUGAGAACCCAUUAGAGGGCCUCACAGAGGCACUCAUCACCAAGGUUGCGGCCAUGGCCAUCAUGGAGCGCGACGAGGUGCUGGCCGAUGCGCCCGUGGCAUCGUAUAAUCUGGACUCACUCGUGUCUGUCGAGUUGCGCAACUGGAUCCGCAGGGAGACGGGCGUCGAGUUGCUUCUAAGCGCCAUCACACAAGCAGCAAGUCUACGAACGCUCGCAACGGAGAUUCUAGAGCAACGGGGGGCAAUCAAGCAGGUAUAA